AUGUCAUGGCGUAGAAAAGUCAAAAGUCCCAAGUCAAAAGCUAGAUCACGUGACCUCGACCUCGGCAAUCGGCGCUUGUUCUCCCCCGUCAAGGUUGCUUCUGAUAAAUCGCAAUGGAAACGCGAAUCGUCUGAAUCGCAGCCAUACCUACUGCCAGGUUGCGAUGUGAUUCGGAUCAUCAUGUUUGGUCCUCGCAGAAUCCUUCAAUCUAGACCGCGCUGUAAUGCAACGCAAUUGAAGUCAGUGCACCUAUCAAAGCCCCGUCUGUCGCGCCAUGCCAGCACUAUUGCCCAAACGGAGCCAACAGCAGCCAAGUCGAGGUGGCCGCGGCGACUGGUCUAUGCAGGAAUAUUUGGUGGAUUAGGGGUUGCCGCUGGGAAAUGGAUGGAUGAGAAGGUCUCGGCACCGGCAGUGCCAGGAUCAGUGGAAGACACAGCCAAGCUGGAGGAGAUCAAUCACGUAUUCGAGAACGGGCUGCCUAUCGUGCAAGAACUAAGAAACAAUCCGGACUACGUGGAAUCGAAUGUGUACGAAGGAUUCUCCGAGGAGGAUAAGGCGCGCAGAUUGACGUCGGGCCCGCUGCGUGGGAGUCGAGGGUUGGCACUUCAGAGAGUUUUUUGGAAUGACAAGGAGAAGAAAACCAUUAGUGUGGUAUACCUCGGAUCGGGUCUGGAGGGUUGGCCCACGGUUGUCCAUGGUGGCGCUCUCGCUACUGUGCUUGAUGAGAAUCUGGGACGUGCUGCUAUACGCCAUCUCCCGGCACGCACCGGCGUGACAGCCAAUCUUGAGAUCAACUAUCGCGCUCCGGUAUACUCUGGCAACUUUUACACAUUUCACUCGCAGGUAGACCCAGAAAGAAGCACUGAACGCAAGGCGUACGUGACUGGAGAGAUCCGCGACCCGGUCGGGCGAGUGUGUGCGCAAGCCUCUGCGCUUUUUGUGGUUCCAAAGGGAUUCGAGUUGCGGAAGAUUGGAGAACGAUUCUGA